CCUGCUUUGAAAACAUUGAUUUGCCUCGUGUCACUUUCGCUGGCAGAACUGUCAAGUUUGUUUUGAUUUAGUUUUAGAAAGAAAAUAUGUCUCGAGUUUAAUUAGGAUUUUUUAUGAAAACUUGCGAUUCGAGGUGCCACCAUUCUUUUGCUUCGACACGCAUCUAGUGGAGGAUUGCGGAGGCGAAGGCAUCGGCAGUAUGCCGGACGAUUUGGAGUUCGACGAGCUGAACGACUGGGAAGAGUGCACGAAGAUUUAGUCCGGUUGAAACAGAGGGAAGCGAGGUUGCAGCUGGAUCUGAACGUGUUGAUGAUGCCGAACAUGCUAGAAACGCAGCAUCCGACGUCACAUCCGGCAAUGCAGCAGCAUCAUUUGGAGAAAUCGCAGCAGCGGGGAGAAAAGUGGUUUCUUCAUCGGUCUUCAGCCAAACUUUCCGUUGUCGAAACCCGCUUAGAUGCGUAUCUUUUUGGCGGACGAAUUCCCGGCAUAACGAACCAGCCGACGUUUACGAUUCUAGUAAACUUUCCUCCGGCGUUUAACAUGGUUGCCGCCGUUGAACUUCAACCAGCGGCUGGUUCAGGAGGUUCAGCAAAAUCAUCCGGUGUUGAAUCAGCACCGUUAUCAUCAACAGCAGCAGCAGGGUCAGAAUCCCUGUCAGCAGCAGCCCAAAAACUGCAAAAUUACCAGCAGAACCAAAAAAAGAUGCAACACCAUCGUGGCAGGCUGAACCGAUCGGGGGAGUACGAAGCGUACGCGAUUGUCCCAUUUUUAUAA